AUGACAGAUGACACAAAAUCAAAUUCAUCACCUACACAGAUCAGAUUUAAAGUAGCUAAAUCAUAUGGUAGGGCUCAAGUUCAACGAAGGAAAACCAUUCAGAAUUUCUACGAGUUUCAAAAAAAAUGUCUCGAACUAUCUGCUGAAUACUAUCAAGGUAUUGCGAAUUUACUAGAAGAGACAGACGUUUCACUAUUCCUUGCGCCACCAACACCAGGGGCAGAUCCUCUAAACAUCAUUAACGAGACAGGGAUGGUUAUGAGUGGUAUGCUUGGCCCAGGAUAUGUUGUUAACGACAGAUUUAUCGGUGGCAAAUUAUUAAAAAAAAGAGUUUAUGGGGAGGAUGUCGAAGUGAACGAUAACAAUAGCGAAGAGGCUUACUAUUCCGAAAAUCAAAAGGCUAAACAUAGACGUGCACCACGACAACUUUGGUCUGAUGAGGAGGUGGAACGAUUGAAAGCUGCUCAUGAUCGGUACAACGGUGACUGGGAAUUAAUCAUUAAAGAAUUUGAACCUGAACGAACUAGAAUUCAAAUCUUUCAGAAGGCACGUCAAAUGGGACUUCACAAUGAAGGUGAAGAAGAUGAGGAAAUUGAAGAAACAAUUAAUUUUGAGAAUAGUAGAAUUGAAAUUAAAAAUGAAAAAAAUUAUACUGAUCCAAAAGAAAAUAACAAAAAGAAUGAGGGUUGA